AUGUCAAGCUCUGAUGUCCGUAAUGUUUGUGCCCUUCCUAUCUCUUCUGGCACCAUUGAAGAUGCUAUUAUCUGGCACCAUGAUCCUAAAGGCCUUUAUCAAGUCAAAUCUGGGUACCAAGAAGAGAAAAUGUUUCAACAAACUCAGCUUUCGGCCAGCCCGUCCACUUCUUUCCAAGUUCCGGAUCAGGUCUGGAAAAUGCUUUGGGGCCUUCCGGUCCCUCCGAAACUCAAACAUUUUUGGUGGCGCUGCUGCCACAAUUCUCUGGCUACGAAACAAAAUUUAUUCCGUCGUAAAAGCUCUCGGGAGGAUGUGUGCCCGAUUUGCCUUGCUGAGUCUGAAUCUAUCAAGCAUUUAAUUUGCGGGUGUGCUUGGACUAAAGCUGUCUGGUUUGGCAGUGAUUUGAGCCUGACUUUCAAGGAUGAGGUUACAUCUAUUUCUAGGUGGAUGUGCAAUCUAUAUUCUUCCUUCUCCCAUACUAAAGAGCGGAUGUACUUUUUCAGUAAACUUUUGUGGGUGGGUUGGCACAUUUGGAAAUCUAGGAAUGCUCUGGUCUUUCAUCGAUUGCCAGUGGAUCCGCAGUCUACCAUUUACCAAGCUACUAGGGAUAAUCUGGAAUUUCUAUCAGUUGGCCCUUGUCAUAGCUUCGGGGGAAGCCUCACUCAUCCAUUAGCGGAAGUGUCAAAAGAAGUUUGGACUGCUCCUUCGUCAGGUUGUUUUAAAGCGAAUUGUGAUGUGGCCAUGGGAAAAGGCUCGACCACGGCUUCUAUUGCGGUGUUGUUUCGAAAUUGA